AUGUUUCGGGUUGUUCCUACUGCAAGCAAGAUUCUUGAAGCUUACAGGAAACUUUCAGUGUUAGGAUUUUGCCCUUUAAUUGAUAAGAUGCGAGCAGUAUUGGAAGAGGCUGAUAAGCCUAAUAAAGGAGAAAAGAAGAAAGCGGCGAAAGAAGGUAUUUUAACAACAAUUUCUGACACUCAGUCAGACGUUCCAAUUGAAGUACAUGAGCUUGUCCAAACCGAAGACAUUGCUGCAACUUCAAAUCCUGAGUUUUCACAUCCUAUUUCUAUAAACCAAGAGGUAACCUUUCAGAUUCCUGUCUCAGAUCCUAUUACUGAUGAAUUCUUUGAUAAUAUCUUGAUUCCCUCUCCUACUACUACUAUUUCAACACCAACUUCCAUUGCCCCAUGCCACCUGUCUCCUUUAGACACUGGUAAUUCCACACCACCCAUUUCCCCUCUUCGCCAAAAUGGCCAAGAUAUGAUUUUCGGUGAUGAUGAUGACUUCGCAAGAUUCACCUACAGUCCAUUCAAAAUCAGGAGUCAAAGUGAUGACGAAUCUCCCAUCACGAGAGGCCAACUCAAGGCGAUAAACGAAACACUAGACUCGCUGCUUCACGCUACAAAUACAUCUUCCACCAAUGAUUAUUCACAAGCAACAAUCAAAUCCAUUCUUGACACGCUUACAAAUGAGCACUCCUCCAACCUUGAAAAUAUGAACAAGGCGGUAGAUGCUUCUGCUAUACUCUACAACAACAUGACCGAAAAACUCAAUAAACUAAUUAAUCAUGCACAAGUAUUUAUGGAGAAGUUCGAAAGCUCCAUUGAGUCCAACACUACGAAGGCUAAUGAAGCCAUUUCUAUCCUGGGCUUAACACUUAAAACUGAGAAGGUGAAACUAUUGGAUUAG